AUGGCCGGUUCGCCUUAUGUAUCCUGUGGAAAGCUUUGCGAACCUGAAGUGGACCCGUCCACUGCUCAGUUUGUUUUGUUCGCUUCUAUGCAGAAGCUGGAUCAAGCCAGACGGUCUCGUGGUGGUAUCCGGCUACAUCAAGGCCUCUUGAUUGCUGUAACCGCACUCAAGGCUCGUCAGUUAUUGUGGCAACAGAGCAAUUAUUUUCAUAAUCCAUUGCAACUGGAUCCAGUUAAACCCAUACCAUCUCCGCAGCCGUCUUCAACACCAGAAUCCCAGUCUCCUUUGCCUGUGAGCUCGAACAUAACGCUAGGCACACAAAGCGAUCCGGUUGUACUGUCCUGUGAAACCGUCCCUCCUAUUGCAAACCCAGUAUGGCCUCCACUCAGUACCGAGGAUUACUUUUCAUUUCCUAAAACACAUCAAGACCAAGAAAUGACUGACGAUGAUACGGAAUCCGCCGUCGACCCGAAUGAUGACUCAGACUGUCCCCUGGACUCCGUGCGCAACCUAUGCUUUGCCUCGGACCCAGUGAUCCCUUCCAGUAAUAGUAAGUUGUGCUCUGUAAUAAAACCAAAUCCAUGUUUGUCAGGCCAUAGUUAUUUUUUAUUUAUUGAGCACAGUCAACAGAAAAUGUUUGAUAUUCUUUCCCUCCUUUUCGUGUUAUGUUCUUAA